CCUGUGAUGGUUCCGAACCCAGACAAACCAAAACGACAGUGGGCCAAGCAGUUCCCUACAGACCAGUUCCUGAACAACCUCAAAGAAGCAGUGACCCGCCUGGAAGGAAAGCGGCUAUGUUUUGUUUGCGACAGCCGGAAGCAGGUGACGGACGCUACCAUGUUCUGCUACGAGUGUGACACGUACUUCUGCGACAACUGUGACGAGGCUCACCGACAUAUGCCCAAGAUGCAGCACCACACAUUGGCUUCCCUGGCUGAGCUCACGCCCACGCAGCUGCUCAAGAAUAAGAAGCGAAGCUGUACCAUACACGAGGGGAAGAACCUCGAGCUCUUCUGUAACGUGAGAAUACAUUUUUUGUUGAGUUUCAGUUUCAGUUUGGUUAAAGUUUCACGGCGCAGGCGCAGUCAACAGCAUUACUGCAUGUCACAAAUGCGCGGGACUUAAGUUGGUUUUAUCCAUUUGUUCCCAGCAUGGCUUGGUUUUCACUUUGCAAGUAAGAAUACAUGUAGUUGAAUUAUCUAAUUUUCUGUUCUUUUGUUAUUUACGUAAAUGUCUUUAGCACUACCCACCUCUCCUCCCACAAACGAUUCUUGGUCCUUUAAAUUCAGAAUAAAUGAAAAAGCCAAGUAACAUAGAAAAAAAUUAGAAAACAUGUUAAUUAAAUGGACGAAUAAAUAAUUAAUUCUAAAAUAACUUGACUGAAUACAAAAUGAAAGGACACAUAAAUGAAUGAAACAUCUGACCUGCUGAAAAGGACAGAUGGCUAUUCUUUUAUCGGUACUGCAUAUCGAGAGGUAUAUUUGCGUUUCUUUUUUCUUUUUA